AUCAGUUCAACCUCACUGCACAAUCGUUUCUCCUGGCCGCAGCUCAGACUGUCCUGCGGCCAUCCUUCGGCAUGGCGACCCAAUACCCGCCUCCAUCCAAACGGCAAAAGCGCGCCCAAGCCGAACUCACCAGUAAACAGCAGGAUCUCGACAACACGAUCCCCGAUGGCACGAUCCGUAUCCGCUUCGUAGACCAGGCGACGGGCUCUACAGACAAUCUCCCUGUCCUCACAGUCCCUCUAUCCCAGGCGUCAACCAAGAACCUCGAAAUAUUGCUCAACGAGCUGAAAGACCAAGCCGACGACCGGAUACCGUAUCGGUUCUUUCCCGAUGGUGCCAACGAGGCUCUGGGUGAUAGAGAAGAUAUUUACAAUGCGCUAGUGAAGCCUGGGAAGGCCAGCGCAGAAAGCGAGAUCACGCUGCAGUAUGCGCCACAAGCCGUCUUCCGCGUGAAGGCAGUGUCUCGCUGCGCUGCGGCGAUAUCGGGGCACGGGGAUAAUAUAUUGGCGGUGCAGUUUUCACCUGUGAGCUCCAGUCGCAUGGCGAGCGGUAGCGGGGACAAGACGGUGCGGAUAUGGGACUGCGAUACAGGGACGCUGGUGCACACUCUCAAGGGCCAUACGCGGUGGGUGCUGGCAGUGAGCUAUUCUCCUGAUGGGUCACUGCUCGCGUCUGGAGGAUACGAUAACGAAGUGCGCAUAUGGGAUCCCGAGAGUGGAAAAGGGAUCAAUGGGCCAUUGAAGGGGCACACACAGUUCAUCACGAGUUUAGCGUGGGAGCCAUAUCAUUUGCAAGAGCAGGGUAGACCUCGGGUCGCAUCGUCAUCGAAAGACGGAACGGUACGAGUAUGGGAUGCAAUAGGUGGGAGAAUCGACUUCGCACUCACAGGACAUAAGAGCAGCGUUACGUGCGUCAAGUGGGGAGGGACAGGACGCAUCUACACGUCGUCGCACGAUAAGACGAUCAAGGUCUGGGAUGCAGGGACGCAGUCUCUAGUCCACACACUGACUGGCCACGCACACUGGGUAAACCACCUGGCCCUGUCUACCGACUUUGUGCUCCGCACGGCAUAUCAUGACCAUACACGCAAAGUCCCCGCAACCCAAGAAGAGAAGCUCGCGAAAGCCAAGCAGCGUUUCAACAAGGCCGCUACAAUCGCAGGCGAGAUCGUUGAGCGGCUGGCUACGGCAUCCGAAGACUGUACUUUGUACCUCUGGACGCCGCUGUCAACGUCCAAGCCUGUGACGCGGAUGACGGGCCACCAAAAACAGAUCAACCAAGUCACCUUCUCACCCGACGGUACACUUUUGGCAUCUGCAGCGUGGGACAACCAUGUCAAACUGUGGUCAGCGAGGGACGGCAAGUUUCUGUUCACGUUACGGGCACACGUUGGACCGGUGUAUAUGGCAAGCUUCUCGGCAGACAGCAGGCUGCUGGCGAGUUGUAGCAAGGACACGACGCUCAAGGUGUGGGACCUGCGGACGGGCAAGCUGAAGGAGGAUCUGCCUGGGCACAAGGACCAGGUGUUUGCGCUGGACUGGAGUCCGGAUGGCGAGAGGGUUGGCAGUGGAGGUGCGGACAAGCAGGUGAGGAUCUGGAGGAACUGAGGAUGAGUCCAAUUUUGAAAGAUGUACCUGGGAUAUACCAUGUACUGGCGAUGGAUAAAGAGCAUGGAUCGUGGGGGUUGAAGGCAGUACGGAGUAGGAUGGCGAGCCCUUUUCCACUAUGUGCCGAGUCCUGGCCGCAGUACUACUUAGUAUCUAAAAUGAUACAAGACGAAAGCGGCGCAGGCACAGGCACAGUACAGCACAAACGAGGCUGCCAAGAUCAUGUGAGCUUGGCACGGCCAGAUCAAAGCUUGUUUCGAGGUCUUUGAUAAUGCAUGGGCCUAUGACACAAUAAUCCACAAUAACAAUCGGUACAAUACCCGAUUUGUGCGACGCGGGGGCUUCCACUGCGCAGCUACAGUGUGGUACCCAUCCAGGUG